AUGGCCGAGAGAAAGCAAUCUGGGAAGGCUGCAGAGGACGAAGAGGUCCCUGCCUUUUUUAAAAACCUGGGCUCGGGCAGUCCCAAGCCCCGGCAGAAAUUCUGCGGCAUGUUCUGCCCGGUGGAAGGGUCCUCGGAGAACAAGACCAUCGAUUUCGAUUCGCUUUCGGUGGGCCGGGGCUCGGGGCAGGUGGUGGCUCAGCAGCGGGAUGUCGCCCACUUGGGCCCGGACCCGCACCGGCAGAGCCGGCGUGCCAGCGGGGAGCCAUCUGUUGAAUCGGGCCGGAAGGUGGAGAUCCGGCGGGCCUCGGGCAAGGAAGCCCUGCAGAACAUCUACGAUCAGAGUGAUCGCCUUCUGAUCAAAGGUGGCAAGAUUGUGAAUGAUGACCAGUCCUUUUAUGCUGACAUAUACAUGGAAGAUGGGCUGAUCAAGCAAAUAGGAGAAAACCUGAUUGUACCAGGGGGCGUGAAGACCAUUGAAGCCCACUCCAGAAUGGUGAUCCCGGGAGGAAUCGACGUGCACACUCGCUUCCAGAUGCCUGACCAGGGGAUGACGUCAGCAGAUGACUUCUUCCAGGGAACCAAGGCAGCCCUGGCUGGGGGAACCACCAUGAUCAUUGACCAUGUCGUUCCUGAGCCCGGGACCAGCCUGCUGGCGGCCUUUGAUCAAUGGAGGGAGUGGGCUGACAGCAAGUCCUGCUGUGAUUACUCUCUGCACGUGGACAUCACCGAGUGGCACAAGGGUGUCCAGGAGGAGAUGGAAGCUCUGGUGAAGGACCACGGGGUGAACUCCUUCCUCGUGUACAUGGCUUUCAAAGAUCGAUUCCAGCUGACGGAUUCCCAGAUCUAUGAAGUGCUGAGUGUGAUCCGGGAUAUCGGUGCCAUAGCUCAAGUCCAUGCAGAGAAUGGUGACAUCAUUGCUGAGGAACAGCAGAGGAUCUUGGAUCUGGGCAUCACGGGCCCCGAGGGACACGUCCUGAGCCGACCAGAGGAGGUCGAGGCUGAAGCUGUGAACCGCUCCAUCACCAUUGCCAAUCAGACCAACUGCCCCCUGUAUGUCACCAAAGUGAUGAGCAAGAGCGCAGCUGACGUCAUCGCCCAGGCACGGAAGAAGGGAACUGUGGUGUAUGGUGAGCCCAUCACUGCCAGCUUGGGGACUGAUGGCUCUCAUUACUGGAGUAAGAACUGGGCCAAGGCCGCUGCCUUUGUCACCUCCCCACCCUUGAGCCCCGACCCAACCACUCCAGACUUUCUCAACUCCUUGCUGUCCUGUGGAGAUCUCCAGGUCACUGGCAGCGCCCACUGUACCUUCAACACUGCUCAGAAGGCCGUGGGGAAGGACAACUUCACCUUGAUUCCCGAGGGCACCAACGGCACAGAGGAGCGGAUGUCCGUCAUCUGGGACAAAGCUGUGGUCACUGGGAAGAUGGACGAGAACCAGUUUGUGGCUGUGACCAGCACCAACGCAGCCAAGGUCUUCAACCUUUACCCCCGGAAAGGUCGUAUUGCAGUGGGAUCUGACGCGGACUUGGUCAUCUGGGACCCCGACAGUGUGAAGACCAUCUCUGCCAAGACGCACAACAGUGCUCUUGAGUACAACAUUUUUGAAGGCAUGGAGUGUCGUGGUUCCCCACUGGUAGUCAUCAGCCAGGGCAAGAUCGUCUUGGAGGAUGGCACGCUCCAUGUUACUGAAGGCUCAGGACGCUACAUCCCCCGGAAGCCCUUCCCUGACUUCGUCUACAAGCGCAUCAAGGCAAGGAGCAGGCUGGCCGAGCUGAGAGGGGUCCCUCGUGGCCUGUAUGACGGACCAGUGUGCGAGGUGUCUGUGACCCCCAAGACGGUCACUCCUGCCUCAUCGGCUAAGACGUCCCCUGCCAAGCAGCAGGCACCACCUGUUCGGAACCUGCACCAGUCUGGAUUCAGCUUGUCUGGUGCUCAGAUUGACGACAACAUUCCCCGCCGCACCACCCAGCGCAUUGUGGCGCCCCCUGGUGGCCGUGCCAACAUCACCAGCCUGGGCUAAAGCUCCUAGGCCUGCAGGCCACAUGGGGAUGGGGGAUGGUACACCUGAGGACAUUCUGAGACUUCCUUCCUUCCAUUUUUUUUUUUUUUAAUUUUAAAGAGCCUGUGAUAGUUGCUGUGGGCAGCCAGUUCCUGGGGCUUCCUCUUGGGCCCCCCGCACUCGGUCUCCCCUUGGAAUUUCUGAAUUCGCUCACCCAAGCCCCUACACAGUUGUGAACACCACACCCAAGCCUAGCCACCCACCCCACACGGAGCUGCAUCUCACACGCAGACACACACCACCAAGCAGAUCCCAGCGAGGGUGCCCCACCACACCCUCGGCUGUGUGGUUAGCACCUUCCUGUCCUGGGAAGACAUAAUGAAUUGCCCUGAGCUGCCUUCUUUUCUUUUAAAAUGUUUUUUAAAAAGGGGUUUUCU